AUGAUAUUCACUAUUAUUCUCAUUACUUUCUACGUUGUGGAAGCUACUUCCACUCCAUGUACACCAGGCCAGUUUCUAUUGGCCAACAAAUGUCGUCGAUGUUUGAUAGGUUUCUACUGUCCCGAUGGUAUUCAGCAAAUACCCUGUGCACCAGGCAACUAUACAAAUACGUACGAGCAGUCAAAAUGUCGCCAAUGUCCUCCAGGUCAUUACAAUAUUAAACCGAGCUCUACAAAUUGUUCACGAGCUCAACCUGGUGAGUAUGCACCCGUCAAUAACAAUAUUUCGCGACCAUGCCCACCGGGCACAUAUACAAAUAAACCUGCUCAACAAAGUUGUAAAACUUGUCGUCCAGGAACAUACAGUACGCAACCUGGUACUCAGAAUUGUAUCCGAUGUCAAUUAGGUCAUUUUUGUCCUGAUCCAACUAAACUCCCUCAACCAUGUCCUGCAGGCUUUUAUGGAGACCUCUAUGAACAGACCAAAUGCAAAAUAUGUCCAAAAGGUUAUUAUACAAUCUAUCCAAGGGUUACUUACUGCACAAAAUGUCCUAUUGGUAAUUCAUGUGCUGAUCCUGCAACAACUCCUAAACCCUGUCCUGUAGGAUUCUACAAUGGAUUGUUCGCUCAAACAACUUGUCGACAAUGCAAAUCUGGAUGGACAACAAAUGUUCCUGGACAGGCUGAGUGUACGAGUAUAGAGCCACAGGUUGGCUAA